AUGAGGUUUCAUCCUACAGACUUGGAACUCGUUGAUUAUUUCCUUCACAACAAGGCCGAUGCCGAUGAGAAGGGUUGUUACUCCAGCUUAAUCUAUGAAUGUAACGAUUUUUAUGGUGAAAAAGAGCCGUGGGUUAUUUGGGACAUGUAUGGGGGUUCUACAUAUGAGGAAGGAGAACCCCUCUACUUCUACACCAAGCGCAUCAAACAGAAUAGUAAUGGCAAACGCUUUGCUCGGAAGGUAGGCUCCGGUACAUGGAGUGGAGAGUACUCGAAAGAGGUUCUUGCUGCCGAUGACGGUAAAACCAAAAUUGGGACAAUGAGGAACUUUCGCUACGAGAAGGGAUGUGAUUCUGGUCAAAACGGUGCAUGGCUCAUGCACGAGUACGAGAGUGAGUUCGAUAAGAACGGGGAAGAUGAUUAUGUAAUUUGCGUUUUGAGAAAAAAUCCAAGAAAAGCUCCAGCACUACUACAACCUGAUCAGAGAGAUAUUGAAAGUACAAAGAAGAGUAGUGUCAAUGACAAAAAGAGAAAGAGGAUGAAGUCGGACGACGUUGUUGAUCAUCAAGAUCAUCAACAGAGAAAGCUGGAAAAGCAACAAAAGGAUGAUCGUGAACUGAUAAAGAUCGAAGAGGAAGAAAGAAAGGAAGAGAGUUACGACGAACAAGGCCGUAGCAGUUGUACGCAGCUGCCCUAUCAUCAUGAUCAAGAUAAUAAUAUUGAUUAUCCUGAUAAUCAUAAUUUUUAUUUGGAUUAUUAUUUUCCAGAGCUCUUUGGCAAUAAUUACGAUGAUGGUGUCACUAUAGACGAACUCAUUGGACCAAUUUCAGAUGAUUCUGUAUACUACAAGUCCAUCCCAUUUCAGGAUCAGUUAUAUCACGGCGACGAUGACAGCUUCAACUUCGUAGAUUACUCGGAUGGAGGGGUGUCACAGCUGCCUAACGAUCAACACACUGUUGAUUACCUGGGGAAUAUCUAA